CUGAAGUGAAAGUGCAGGCAAUUCAUUGCACAAUUGGAAAACCAAGCAAGCCAUGUCGUUAGAUGAGUCUUCGGUCCUGAUGGACCGGGCGCUGGUGACCAUGUGCCAGGACCUGCCCGAGUCGUUAGGGCUGUAUAACACGGCGAAAGACCAGUUCUCACUGGCGGCUAUCCGUGAUAUCCCGCUACUGGAGAAUGUGGACCCAGACUCGCGCAAACUGGUGCUUAUCCGUGACUGGAUGCGCGCGUACGAGCCGGCAGAGGACCAGCCGCUCACGUCGGAGAUCAGUAUGGACUCGCUCAAGGAGACAGACCGACGAGAACGCAAGGAGAUUGAGCGGAAGCUACAGGAGGAGAAGCACGCGAUGCUGACGAGCGCUGAGAGCGAGAAAAAGAAUAAGAAGCGACGGAAGAGAGAGAAGGAGAGAGCGGCCAAAGAGAACAGCAAAGCGAAAGCCAAAGAGAAGAAAAAAGCGAAGAAGAAAUCCGCAGCUAAGAGCAAGACGAGGAAUGGCGAACGGAAACGCCACGUACAGCUGGACAGCGACGACGACGUGCUGUCUAUUGACGAAAGUAGCUCCAGCGAAGACUCGUCGUCUGAGUCUUCGUCGUCUAGUGAGUCGGACAGCGACAGUAGAUCCAGGAAGAAGAAGAAGACGCCAGGCAACUUGCCACCGAAGGAGGUGGUGCUGUCUUCGGACGAGGACGAGGAGCCCAACGACAUGUUCGACACAGACGACCCGGACGUGUACGAAGUGGAGAAAAUUCUCAGGAAGAAACCCGGGGAGACGUAUGGCGAUCCGGACUUGUACGAGGUCAAGUGGGAAGGAUACGACGAGACCACAUGGGAGCCGGCGAGCAACAUCUCAAAGGACCUCAUUGAUGAGUUCGAAGGCCAGCCUGUGCGUGAGAACGAGUACACGGUGGAAGAAAUUGUUGAUCGGCGCAGCAAGCGCGAUCCCGAGACGAGACUGAAGACGCAUCAGUAUAAGGUGAAGUGGGUCGGCUACGACGACGUCACGUGGGAACCUGCGGAGAACCUGCCGCACAACCUGCGACGGAAGUUCGACCAGAAGUACGAAAGCAGGAAGCGCAGGCGGUAAAUGGUGAAUCGCGGACCAGAGCAGUAGUUGAGAGCUUGGCAGCUGAUGAGCUAGCGGUGCUGUGAGAACCUCGUGGCCCAAGAUGCCACAGCUUUAAGCUAUCCUGGAAAUGCUACGUGUAGGCUACGUGUUAGACCUCCCUAAUAACAAAUAAUAAGGACCAGCAAAGUGGUCUAGUAGUAGAGACCCCCGCUUUGUCGUCCCCGAGAGAGGUGGAGGUGCGGAAGGUGAUAGCGGAAGCAAUUAGGCACGAGUAAGUUGUUCACUAGAACGAGUGAAAGCGGAAGAGUAGUUCAGUUGCAAUGCGUAUACGAUCAUCUCCAACUUGAUGCCAAACUUUUUUCCCAGGUAGGGCGCAAGUUUUAAGCACUUGUGUUGCAAGAGAGGAGCUGCGUUGGCAUUGAGCUCUUGACGUUGAAAGUGAAGUCAAAACAUGGCAGAAGAAAU